AUUUUUAGUUAAAUUAUUACUUCGCUCUCCAGCGGAAUAACUGGGGUUUUCCGACAACGUCGAACUUAUAUUAUUUUCCCCCCCAAAUUCGAAAAUUCCCCAGUCUCCAUACGUCAUUACGUCCCCAAAAUUUAGGGUUUAAGGUGUCAGUUCUCGCCGGAAAUCAGAAGGAUAGUGGAUCGGAGAUGAGCUCCUCCCGGUUGCCUGGAAGCUCGAAGCCCGGGCGGUUGUCCCCGUUCUUCCGCGACCUCGCCUCCCCGAUCUCCGCCCACCACCGCGGCGGCCGCUUCGCCACACCCGGCCAGGCUGCCGCCGUGUCCGCCCUCUGGCGGGAGAACUUAUCCUCCUCCGACCCCCCUCCGCCUCCCGUCUUCACCCUCGACGACCGCGCCGACUUCUCCCCCGAGCCCGCCCUCGCCGAGCUCCACCCACCCUCGCCGGCGGCCCGGUCCGGCAGUAGGAGCCGGACCCCGCCGCCGCUUUCCCGGGGCGGCAGCGGCUCCUUUUCCCGCUCCCCGUUGCUUUCCUCUCCCUCGGUUUUGAAAAUUAGGGCAGAGGUGAAUGGAUCCGAAGGGAAGCAGGCGGCGCCCCAGAGCCCCGAGAGCUUGAGCUGGAUCCACCAAGGCGAGAAGGAGAACGGUUCGCCGGUGGAUGGAGUUGUCGAACAGGGGGCCUUGCUCAUGCUUCCGCCGCCAAGGGAGGUGACGAGGCCGGAGGCGCAGAAGAGUAGCAUCGUGCCCAACGGCGGGCUUAACGAGGAGGCGUGGGUCACUGUUUUUGGAUUCUCCCCUGGUGAUACCAACUUGGUAGUACGUGAGCUUGAGAAAUGUGGUCCAAUACUGAAACAUGUCCCUGGUCCAAGGGAUGCUAACUGGAUGCACAUUUUAUAUCAGAACCAGUAUGACGCUCAAAAAGCUCUUGCAAAGAAUGGGACACAAAUAAACAAUGUUCUAAUAAUUGGGGUGAAACCUGUGGACCCUAUGCAGUGCCAAUUUCUGACUGAGAAGCACAACAGCAUAAAUCAUGGGGGCUUCAUGGUUUCAUUGCCCUCAAAGUUACAUACUGCAACGAGUUCCGCUGCACCAAGUUCUUUGGGAUCUCUCCCUCGCCCCUAUCAUCCACAAACCCGCACCAACGCCGUCAGUGACAGCGGACACCAUUCUGCAGGAACGAUUGCUUUCCCAGCAAAAUCAGUUGUAUCAAAAGUCAGGGAUUUGAUGUUUGGCAUAUGAGUUGGAUAGGUGACAAUUCUUUGUUGAGAUGUAUUUUCAGGUGUUUCUUUUUCUUUGUUGCAGCUACCAGAGUACGUUUAGGCCGCUCGCUGAAGUUAAAAUCCUCUUCUUUAGGAUGGUCAAUGAGGAUCAUAUAAUCAAAUUGGUUUGCCUUGAUUUUUGCCAGUGUUACAUACAAACUAUGCCUGUUGUCUUCUUGGUAUGCUUGGUGAGUUCAAAAUGUAUGUGGCAGACUUGCAGUGCAACCUCGAAGUAUUAUAGCAGCUUUCUAGUCUGCCACCCUUGUAGUGUGAUGUAAUCUGAGUUUAUACCAACUGUUAAACAGACCCAGUAGAUGAGUUAGCUAUAUGUUAUUUUUACAGACCAAGUGAAACUUGAAUUAUGAUCA